AUGGCUGACAGCGACCUCGCUAAUACAAGGGCCCGAACCGGGUCAUCUUCGGCCGAACGUACUUCUACAGACGACCAAGUGAACGAGCUACACGAUAGGGUUGCAAAGGUUGCGGAGCAAUUGUCAAUAUUUUCUGGUUCUGGGGAGUGGCAGUCACAAGUACUCAAACCAACGCCGGGCAGCAAGCUUGAUCCCUCGUCCCCAGCAUUUGACGCACGAGUUUGGGUAAAAGAGUUUAUCAGGCUAACGGAGUCGGACCCUAAGUCUGCACCUUCGCGCUCCCUUGGCGUUGCCUUCAAGGAAUUGGGUGUUUUUGCCUAUACCACGGCCGCAGAGUUCCAAAAGACCACAGGGAAUGUGGUAAUUGGACUCACAACAUAUCUAGCAAGGUGGGUUUGUGGAGAUCGACAUGGCAGACGUGUGGACAUUCUACGCAACUUUGAAGGUGUUGCAGAAAAGGGAGAAAUGUUGCUCGUGCUGGGUCCCCCUGGCUCUGGCUGUUCUACACUUCUCAAGACGCUAUCAGGGGAAACGGCGGAUUUGAAUAUUACGCCAGAAUCGUAUAUCAACUUUCGAGGAUUGGACGUGGCCAAUAUCCGGUCUUCCCUCCGCGGAGAUGUUCUCUAUAAUGCUGAGCUCGAUGUACACCUGGCGCAUCUAACUGUUGGCGAGACUUUGACGUUUGCCUCUCGUGCUCGCACUGUGCGACAUGUUCCAGGAGGCUUUGACCGUCAUCUGCUCAACACGGUACGCCGCGAUGUCAUAAUGGCCAUCUUUGGCCUGAAUCAUACUGUAAACACGCAUGUUGGAGAUGACUUCGUGCGUGGUGUCAGUGGUGGAGAGCGCAAGCGAGUCAGCAUCGCCGAGGCUUCUCUGACUGGAGCCAAGUUCCAGUGUUGGGACAACUCUACGCGCGGGCUCGACAGCGCCAAUGCUGUUAGUUUUUGCAGCAACCUGCGCCUCCAGGCAGAUCUACUUGAUGUAACGUCUGUCGUCACCUUGUACCAAGCACCCCAGUCAGCCUAUGAUGUGAGCCUUCUUGUAAUAGAUUUUCGGGACAACAUUCGUUCGCUAAUCAUCACAUUUUACUUCCAGCUUUUUGAUCGAGUCACUCUGGUCUAUGAGGGGAGGCAGAUAUUCUUCGGUCGGACCACUGAAGCCAAGGGCUAUUUUGAAAGCCUGGGCUUUUGCUCCCUUCCUAGACAAACUAUUCCCGAUUUUCUGACCUCUAUGACCAGCCCGGAAGAGCGGAGGGUGAGAGCUGGCUUUGAAGACUCGGUACCUCGAGGGCCGGAUGAGUUUGCAGAACUAUGGCAAUCAAGCGAGCAGCGAAAGAAGUUACUCUCCGAGCUUGCAUCAUAUGAGCAGAGACAUCCCCCGGAAGAGAGAGCGGCCGUAUACUAUCAGUCCAGGCGAGCUGAGCAGGCUAAGCAGCAGCGCUCCAAGUCUGCUUACACGAUAUCAUACACUCAACAAAUCUCCCUAACUCUUUGGCGCGCUUACCGGAGAUUGCUGGCCGACCCUGGGUUCACCAUUGCUUCCCUUUUGUUUAACGUCGUCCUGACGAUCUAUGCCGAACGCCCUGUUGUCGAGAAGCAGAAUCGCUAUGCUUUCUAUCACCAGUCCGCUCAGGCGAUUGCGAGCUACUUAACUGAUCUACCCUACAAGAUUGUGAAUAUGUUCGUUUUUAACAUUCUCAUUUACUUCAUGGCAAAUCUGAGGCGAGAAGCGGGUGCUUUCUUCUUUUUCUGCCUCACCACACUCCUCACCACUCUGGUCCAGUCAGCCAUUUUCCGCACAUUAGCCUGUAUAACCCGGACAUCUGAUCAGGCUAUGAUCCCCAGCGCCGUUCUCAGCCUUGGACUGAUGAUAUAUACCGGUUUUACCACACCACCAGAGUAUAUGCCUGGAUGGUCGCGUUGGAUGACGUACAUCAAUCCUCUGGCAUACGGCUUUGAGGCUUUGAUGGCAAAUGAAUUCCACCGUCGGGAGUUUCCCUGUGUAGACAUGGUGCCAAGCGGUCAAGGCUACACAAACCUUCCGUCUGGAUCGCACAUCUGCUCUGUUGUUGGGUCGGAAGCCGGUUCGGCCUUUGUCAAUGGAGACAACUAUAUCAACAAGUCGUUUGACUACUGGAACGUGCACAAAUGGAGGUCAGUAUCCGUCAUUCCAGAUGAGACGGCCCAUGGGCUAAUUGCAAUACGUAAAAGAAAUAUUGGCAUUCUCUGCGCAUUUUUGGCCUUCUUUUCCCCUGCCUACGUGCUUGCUGCGGAGCUUGCGGAGCCAGCCAGAACACGCGGCGAAAUCUUAGUGUUCCGUCGGAACAAAGGAUCUCAUAAGCCAGAAAAGGCACUGGCCUUCGACGCCGAGAAUCAAGCGCAAGGUCGCCCAGUAGUAGCGGAAAAGCUAAAUUCUCCAGUCCAGUCUGACGACAUGGUAGUUGGGAAGGACGUCUUCCACUGGGAAGAUCUCUGUUACGACAUCGAAAUCAAGGGCGGAAAUCGCCGCCUUUUGGACCAUGUCGAUGGCUGGGUCAAACCCGGCGUAUCAACUAUUCUCAUGGGUGUGUCUGGUGCAGGCAAAACAACCUUGCUGGACGUUCUGGCAACUCGGGUCACUACCGGUAUUGUGACUGGUAGUACAAUGGUCAAUGGAAACCCAACGGAUCCAUCCUUCCAGCACAAGGUUGGUUAUGUACAGCAGCAAGAUCUCCAUCUCAGCACCAUGACGGUUCGCGAAGCGCUUCGGUUCAGUGCCAUUCUUCGUCAAUCUGCAGAAAUAACUCGAUCGGAAAAGCUCAAGUACGUUGAGCAUGUCGUCGACACACUGGAAAUGCGAGAAUUUGCGGACGCCGUCAUUGGUGUUCCUGGACAGGGCCUUAAUGUUGAGCAACGCAAACGUCUUACAAUUGGCGUAGAACUCGCGGCUCGACCACAACUGUUGAUCUUCUUUGAUGAACCUACUUCAGGACUGGAUUCGCAGACUUCCUGGUCCAUUUCUGAACUCAUCAAAAAAUUGACGAAUAGCGGCCAGGCGGUUCUCUGCACAAUUCAUCAACCCUCCGCUAUUCUCUUUGACCAGUUUGAUCGACUUCUGCUUAUCGCCCCGGGAGGCAAGACGGCGUACUUUGGUGAUUUGGGAAGUGGUGCUUCAACCAUGAUUAACUACUUUGAGAAGAACAAUGCCCCCGCAUGCCCAGCGGGUGCCAACCCUGCUGAAUGGAUGUUGCAGGUGAUUGAACCGCCUGCGGAUGGCUUGAAAGCACCAGACUGGCACCAGGUAUGGCUGGAUUCUCCCGAAUAUCAGACAGUCAAGGAGGAGCUUGGACGCCUUCGUGCUCUCCCAACAGCAGAAUCCGCAGGUAAUGAAGACACAGACGGAGACACCUCUCAGCAUCAGGAAUUCGUGUCCUCUUUCUGGACACAGUUCGGCCAAGUUUUACAACGCACUUGGAAGCAUGUCUGGCGAUCACCGACUUACAUUUGGUCCAAAACAAUACUGAUUUUCCUUUCUUCUCUCUACCUCGGCUUUAGUUUUGAGGCCAACAAUUCCAUCCAAGGGCUGCAAAACCAACUGUGGGCUAUCUUCAUGCUGCUCGUGCUGUUCAUUAACAUCAAUGAACAAAUAAUGCCAAUGUUCCUACCCCAGCGAGCGCUGUACGAGGCACGCGAACGUCCGUCAAAGAUUUACAGAUGGACAACAUACUUACUUUCCAAUAUCCUCGUUGAGCUCGCAUGGCAUACACUGAUGGCAGUCAUCAUGUACUUCUGCUGGUAUUACCCAGUGGGCUUUGUCCGAAACACGACGUCCGAUGACCAGGCUAUCCGCGGCUUCCUCAUAUUCCUCCUUCUAUGGGUUUACUUACUAUUCACGAGCACGUUUGCUCACUUCGCCAUUUUCUGGAUUGAUCUUCCCGAAACCGCAGGCGUACUAACCAGUCUUUUCUGGAUGCUUUGUAUCCUGUUCUGCGGAGUCGGGGUUCCCAUAGUUGAUCUCCCAAAGUUUUGGUCCUUCAUGUAUCGUGUUUCGCCCGCAACAUACCUUGUUGGGGGCAUCAUGUCCAACGCAGUUGCCAACUCGAACGUUACAUGUGCCGACCGCGAGAUUCUCCAUAUGGCUCCAACUGGAAACCUUAACUGCGAAGAAUUCCUGGGUGCUUAUAGGGAAGCCGCCGGUGGUUUGGUGCUAAACCCGGCAGCGCGCAGCAUGUGCGAAUACUGCCCGCUUGCGACCACUAAUGAGUUCCUUGAUCGAUUCCAAAUUUCGUAUGAUACGAGGUGGCGGGACUUUGGUCUCAUAUGGGUCUAUAUCUUUGUUAACAUUUCAGCGGGCCUAGGGCUUUACUGGGCGUUCAAGGUCCCUAAAAAGGGAGGCAGCAAGCGUGCUUGA